CGGCACGCAACAACGUACUAACACUUUAUCACUUAAUUCCUAAACCACUGUAAGUAGAUCAAAAGAGCUUUACGCUACUUAUGAUGAACAUGAACCAUUAAAAUGUAAACGUGCUCAUGAAUUCCUAUUAUGUCCAGAAAUUAAUCCACUUCAUCCUAAAUUAAGUAGACCAAUUUGUGAAAUCUUACUAAUACAAGAUCCUCAAGAAAUUCCAAAUAAUUGCGAACUAAUGAAAUUUAAAUUGGACACAUCAAUCUAUCAUAAACUAACGUAUAAAAAUAAAUGGCUAUACGUGACAAAAGGAGAAAACAUAUUUAUAACCUGCAACAAAGAGAAACAAUCCGUUAAUCAUAAAUUAAGCGGGGUAGGAGUAAUUUCACUCAACGAAGCAUGUAAGGGUUUUACAGAACGGGACAUACUCAUUCCUGGAGAAAUUAACCACCUGGAAGAAUACACAGAUUUUAUACCUACGUCCAAAAUACUUCACUUGGAGGAACAUUUAACGUCGCCAAUAGAUAAAACUAUGUUCCAGGACAAGUACAUAAAAAGUAACCAGCUAUACAACUUAAACGAAGUAGCAAAACCUGUGAGUUAUUUCCAAAUCAAAAAAGAAAUGGAUAAAAAUCAGAAUAAAUACAUCGAUAUACAAAGGAAUAACGGGUAUUUACUAUACGCCGUUACUGGCAUAAUAUUUAUAUCAAUUUCAAUAUUUUGGAUUAAGAAAGUUAACGAAAUCCUAACAAGACGAAAUACGAACCGAAUACAAAAUAGAGAGGAAUCUAUCCAACUUCAAGCAACAGCCCCAGUAAUAGAACCGCCAGAGAUCAUACCAAUAAGAGAAACAACAGAUGAAAACAACCUUGCACUUUACCCGAAGUUGCGUACGGAAUUUUAGGAAAAUCCACGGAUUUCCCUUUUUAAAGGGGGAGAAAUGUAGUAAACCUCAAGGUGUCACGUUUCAAUUGGUAUUCUAUGGUUAUCUAUUAAAAUCCUUCAACCUUUUCCUUAUCAAAUAGCACGUAGUCCAUCUUUAUAUGACAUUGAAAGUGCAUAUAAAUAUGGGUGUUUUACACUAUGUAAUUUAGACUUAAGUUAUUACUGUAAGUACUCACUACGGACACGCGGACUCCUACGGAGUGUUUAUGGUCGUCGUGUCCACUAUUUUAAUCAAUUAAUCAUAAUUAUUUUAUGUAUCAAUAAACUAUCAAUUUCUAACUAAAUUAAAGUGUGUGUUAUA